GCGUAUUUUGAGGACAAGGGCAAGCUCUUCUCCUGGAAACUGUCAGUGUUGUUUUCACACGUGAGACACAGAAAUGGCGAGGUUUUUGAGGCCCAACAUCAGGACUUUUGUCACAUCACAACUUAGAAUGUCCUCCGACCAGUUGGGUGAGCUGGGUAAAGGUGCAGGAAAAGGUGGUGGUGCUGGAGGGUCCAUCAGAGAGGCAGGUGGAUCCAUGGGGAAGAAACAGGCUGCUGAGGAGGAGAUGUACUUCAAGCGUAAGGAGCAGGAACAGCUGGCUGCGUUGAAGCAGCAUCACCAGGAGGAAAUUGAACACCACAAAAAGGAGAUUGAACGUAUGCAGCGCGAGAUUGACCGCCACAAGGGAAAGAUCAGGAAGCUUAAGCACGACGACUGAGUGUAACCUACCAAAUAAAAAAGUUCCAGUUCUCUCAGCGACACAGCCAAACACCUUCACUAUUUACUCAGAUUGCUGCAUGCAUUGUCAUCGGGCCAGUCAUGAAUGUGUGUUUGAUUGUACUGUAAAUGCAUGAAGUUAUUAAAACUGUUUAAUAAAAGAUGAUUGUUUCCAUUG